AUGGCUACCCCGGGCCCCUCGACUCCCGAUAGCACCCCUCGGAAGGCGGGCGUCGGCGUUGGGAGGUCAUUCACUACGCCCACAAGGACACGAGGAGCCUCGACACACAACAGCACAUCGACGGCAGCGAUUGGUGAAGCAGCGGGCAUCGAAACACUGUAUACGCACGCAAACAGCAAGGUUGUCAAGUUCCACUGCGCUUCCCCUUCCCGACCCAGCAGUAGUAGCGGCGGUCCACAUCCAGGCUCAGCCCAGGGGUCGCUGCCAUGGGCGACUCUGACCGAACAGACGCUGGCCUCGGGCCCACUGGAGAUUUACCGUGUGCCAGGCUCAGUUUCCUUCCUCCAUUCCGGAUCACUGCUGCACGCCAUCCUCCCGCGGAGUAAUUGCUGGUGUGUUGAUGGGGUGAGCAAGUUUGCUAUGCGCGUGCUCACCGAUACCUACUAUCGCAUCGAGCUGCCCGGUGAGACGGAGGAGGAGCUGGCGCAGGUGGAAGAGUUCAAAGCCACCCUUCAGAAGGUGCUGUUCUACGAGCGCACGGCAUGCCCCUUUUCGAGAACCUUUGAGGUCCGACUCCCUGAAGAACAGGUCAAGAAAAAGAAGAGAAGGAACACCACACACGGUCCUGCAAAGAAGUGGAGGCAGGAUAGAGCCUACAGCUGGAGGCCAGAAGACGGCGGAGAUCCGCCGAGUUCGAGCACGAGUGAAGCAGAUUCGGGAAGCUUUUCGGAAGAGGACGCUGGCGAUGCAGCGGGUGCGGAGGAGGAGGUGGGUGGUGUAUCAGCUACUCUUCAGGCCGAGACUGAAGACGUGGUGCGAGAGAUGAGGGCCAUGACCCCCUCGCGGCCGAGUGUACGGGACAGGGUCAAAGGAUUGACAAUGCGAUCGGUUACUGCUCCACCGCAGAUUCCGCUACACUCGACUACCCCCUCACGACUACGAACCAGUGUGAUGGCUGGCAAUGAUAGGAGUGAGCUCAGAACUCUUCAGGCCAUCCCAACCGAUAUGCCACCAUCACCCCCGGAUUCCAGCGCAGGUUUCGAAUACCAGGAUCACAUCACACCGAACGAUGGAGCUGUCAACCGAAGCGGGUCUCCUCUUCACAAUCCUCGGCUCCGACAACGUCGCGAAGAAUCCUCGUCAUCACCGAAUAUUCGUCCGGAACCGGAUCUACGAGCCGAUUCCGAUUGGCAGGCAGGGCAGGUGCGCAUUGCGGACGAUGUGCCAAUGCAUGCUCGUCCACCGAUUGGAGACCGAUUUGUCACAGUCGAUAACAACGUGGAGUCGCCUGCCGAGCCUGCACACUUUGUCCCACAAAUCUCCGACCCCACACUUCACGUAGCUGAUGCUGAUGCGGAAGGCAACGGCGAACCCCUAGAUCAUUUCGCUUCGCUACCGGCCAUACCACAUGUCUCCGACGCCACACCCGUGCUUCGGAACCAGACUUUCCAACCAGCAACCGCACCACACGUGUCUAUCGCACCAGACACUGAUCCAGACCCCUUUGCCCAGAUUCAAGCAAGGAUUCAAGCCCGUCGUUCGAUUGGCGGCACUACGACAUCGGGAUUCGUCCCCUGUAUCCGCCAGRCAUCGACCUCCACACACGGGGCGAGCCCUCCCAAUAGGCGGAACUCCAACACCACCACAUCCACCAGGACGCUCUCGCACAAGUCUAGUGGCAUCUCGCGCCAGUCUUCACAGCAACAGCAGUAUCUCGCUACUGCUCUUGUCAAGAAAGCGUGUGCGGUCUUCCUCGGUCCACCCGCGCAUUUGGUGGUGCUGAUGUUGAGAAUCGCGGCGCGCUUCGCCAAGGGCGUCUUCCCUUCCAGCCUUCUCUAUGAGAGCCCUAGAGGUGAGAGACGUAGGGUUCCCGGAAGUUACAUCCUGGAAAGCGAUGAUGACUAUGGCAUUAGCGAUGAUGACGAGCCUGUAGGCGAGGAUGAACUGGAGGAUGAUUUUGGAGUCCCCAUUGAUAGUCCAGUGAGACUUUCAUCGGUGCUGGGGUUAAGAGAGAGGGUCAGAUGGGACGAGGGGUGA